AUGCUUUCUUUGGUGGUAGGACAAAUGCUGCUAAGCUAUACUAUUCGGUUCAACCCAAAUGAAACGAUAAAGUAUGUUGAUUUUACAAGUUUAUACCCCUUCGUUAACAAAGUUGGAAUAUAUCCAAUAGGGCAUCCUAUAAUAAUAACAGAACAUUUUAAAGAUAUUACUGAAUAUGAAGGUGUAAUAAAAUGUAAAGUGCUUCCUCCUAAAGGGCUUUACCACCCAGUUUUACCUUACAGAGCUUCUGGUCGUUUAAUGUUUCCUCUCUGUUCCAAAUGUUGCGAGUCGCUCGUUCAAUCUCCAUGUGAACACAGCGAUGAUGAUCGUGCGCUUGAGGGUACAUGGGUAACACUUGAGUUAAUCAAAGCCUUAAACAAAGGAUAUAGAGUAUUGAAAAUAUUUGAGGUUUGGCAUUUUGAAAACACAUUGGUAUACGACCCUGUGACUAAGGAUGGUGGACUAUUCACAGCUUACGUUAAUGCCUUCCUCAAGUUAAAACAAGAAGCCAGCGAUUGGCCUAGUUGGUGUAAGACCAAAGAACAACGAGAUACAUAUGUACAGUUGUACUUUGAAAAAAAAGGAAUUGUGCUAAAUCCCCAUAAUAUAAAAAAGAACCCUGGUUUACGUGCAUUGGCCAAGCUUAUGCUAAAUUCAUUUUGGGGGAAAUUUGGACAGCGCCCAAACAUGACUAAAACCACGUAUAUCGACGAUCCAGAGGAAUAUUUAGAAAUGAUGACUCACGAUGACACUGAGGUGCAUAAUGUAAACUUUGUAAAUGACCAGAUGGUAGAAGUACAAUGGCAACAAACUAAAGACUUUGUAGAACCGUCUGGUCGUACAAAUGUAAUCAUAGCGGCCUAUACAUCUGCACAGACGCGUCUUAAAUUAUACGAACACUUAGAACAGCUUGACAGGCGUGUAUUGUACUACGAUACCGACAGUGUGAUAUACGUAAGUCGGGAAGGACAAUGGGAACCGCACAUUGGGGAUUUUUUGGGCGAAUUAACGGAUGAAUUGGAAUCAGACAACCACAUCGUCACAUUUGUGUCUGGGGGACCAAACAAUUAUUCUUACAAAUUAGCCAAGCCAGAUAGGAAUGGAAAUUUAACUCAUUGUAAAGUUCGGGGAAUUAGACUGAAUUAUCGUAACGACUGUUUAGUCAACUUUGGAAGCAUGUUAAAAAUGGUUCAGGGUGAAGGUCCAAAGAAAAUACAAGUCACAGACCCCUACAAGAUU